AUGACAAUUCCUGCUUCCCCCACAGUGUCCGAGUCAAACUCUGAUUCAGCUUCAUGCCAAGUCAGUGGCGAGGAUGCAAGAGAUAGAGACCCAGCAGAUGAAGCCAUGCGCCAAGCCAUUGAUCGAUUCCGUGUCAAGAUGGCCACUGCCAAUGAGAAUUUUCUCAAGGACCGAAUCGAUGAGAUCGAGCGCAAAGGUCUAGCCACAGAGCAAGAAAAGUUCAAAUAUCUUGUCCACCAUUAUAGAUACCCUAACAUCGCUUGGGAGGAUGCGAAUACCUCACCACGACAGGGCUCUGUGCUGAUUCCGGCAAAUACUCUUUUCAAAGACCUCGACAUCUCGACAAUCGAAAAAGGUCUCGGGAUUGACGAGGCCAUCGACGGGGUCUUGCUCCCACCUCUUCUACAGACAAAGCAGAGGCAGCAGGUCUUUCUGGACACAUUGCAGCGAUUGUGCCAGUUUCAAUCCGAUAAUCAUGACAACUGUUUCAACCCGAAUUGUCGAGAGCAUGAGGAGGAGGAAUCGAUCAUCAUUCCUCCCUGUACCGAGCUCGCCUUGUUCUUGACGCAUGCACGUGGUGUUGUGGACAAUGACUAUCGCUUUUCCUAUAUUCCACACUUCAUUCCUGGCGACUGGUACGUUCGCGUGAGCGACGGCUCUCAGGAUCCAGACGAGGAAGCCAGAUGUCUUCGCGACAAUCUGGAGGAAUACCUGAAAGAGCAGUAUUUGUGCCACCCUGUGAAGCACGACGUGGAAGCAUUUCAAUACCUCGCAAACGUCUUGGCGCCCGAUGACCUGGAAAUCAGAGCCGGCUUUGCGACUGGCGUCUCAUACCGAGCAGAAGCGGGGCAUGAAAUGUGGUGCAGUGGAUAUGUCUACUGUCGGAAAGACGUGAAUUAUCUACCGCACCCAGAGGAAGACCAGUCGAUUCCAGACGCUGCCAAUAUCACAGAGUGGGGAUGGCGAGUGAUCAUCUACAGCGCUGACCUGAUGCUGGCAAACCCUCCUGCUCCUGCCGCACCCGUGAUCAAUGGCCGCAAAGCGCGCUGGGACUCUAUUCCGGAAUUCCUGGAUUGGUACGCGAGCUGGCAGGAUGACUUGGAUGAGCGGAAGGUGCGAACCUUUCGACGAUUUAAUGAAGAUCAUCACAUUGACUGCGACUCGAACUGCGGAUCCGACGAUUGCUACUGGACAGGCACCGACAGCCCAUUGAAUGACUUUUACUAA